GAUUUUGUACAUCGUAUAACGCAGUCAGUAUUUUCUGAUGAAAUUUUCUGAAAAAGAGUGGGCUUUAUUGUUGCUUUGAAAACUCUUCUCUUCGGAAUAAUGGGUACUCAGUCCUUGGAGAGACUGGUAUUAGAAGGUGUAGAAGAGAGAGGGAGUAUCGAGACUUUCGAAUUUGCUAAAGAACUCGGGAAAGAUCAUCAAUCUAUUGUUGGAAGUGUGAAGAGCAUCCAUGCUCUCGGGGAUGUGAUAAAUGUUGAACAACGACAAGCCGAAGGCUGGGUACUGACGGACGAAGGAAGUGAAGUGGUAGAGAAAGGUAGCCAUGAGUUUCUGGUGUUUAAAGCUGUUCCGCCAGAGGGAUUACCUCAAGCGGAAGUAAAGAAACUCGGUCCACAUGCUAAUGUUGGUUUUAGUAAAGCUAUGUCAGCUGGAUGGCUUCUGUUAAACAAGAAUGCAGAGGGAGGACCUAGGGUAAUGAGGAAGGCUGAGGAUGUAAAAGAUGAUGUCCAACUUGCACUUAUAAAAAUCAGAGAUCAGCAGCUUUCAGACAUCCCUGAUGCAAAGAUGAAAGAAUUCAAGAAAAGGAAGCUCAUUAAGACACAGGUCAUCAAGAGCUUUUAUGUGACCAAAGGCACUGAAUUUACCACAUCACCAACAAAACUAGAAGCUGAUUUAACAGCAGACAUGCUUGCAAGUGGUUCUUGGAAAGAGAAGCAAUUCAAGCCAUACAAUUUUGAUGCACAAGGAAUCAUACCAACAUCAGGACAUCUUCAUCCUUUGAUGAAAGUUAGAGCACAGUUCAGACAAAUCUUCUUAGAAAUGGGGUUUACUGAGAUGCCUACAAACAACUUUGUAGAGAGCUCCUUCUGGAAUUUUGAUUCAUUGUUCCAGCCUCAACAACAUCCAGCCCGUGAUGCACAUGACACCUUUUUCAUGGCAGAACCAAAGUAUGCUAAGCUCAAGGAAAUGCCUGAGUCCUAUAUUGAAAAAGUGAAAAUCAUGCAUGAAUCUGGAGGACAUGGAUCACAGGGAUAUAAAUAUGAAUGGAAACUUGAAGAAGCCAAAAAGAACAUUCUCAGAACUCAUACAACUGCUGUUAGUGCAAGGAUGCUGUACAAACUGGCUCAACAGGAAAAAUUCACACCAGCCAAGUAUUUUUCAAUAGAUCGAGUGUUCCGGAAUGAGACCCUAGAUGCUACUCAUUUAGCAGAGUUUCAUCAGAUUGAAGGUGUCGUUGCAGAUUACAACUUGACUCUUGGGGAUUUGAUUGGAGUGCUCUAUGAGUUUUUCAAGAAGCUAGGAAUUACAAAGUUAAGAUUCAAGCCAGCAUACAAUCCUUACACAGAACCAAGCAUGGAAGUUUUCAGUUAUCAUGAAGGCCUCAAGAAGUGGGUUGAAGUUGGCAAUUCAGGGGUUUUCAGACCUGAAAUGUUACUCCCAAUGGGCUUACCAAAAGAUGUGUCUGUUAUUGCUUGGGGACUUUCCUUGGAAAGGCCAACCAUGAUCAAAUACAAGAUUUCAAACAUUCGGGAUUUAAUAGGACACAAAGUGGACCUUGAAUUGGUUCACAAGAAUCCCAUUUGUCUUCUGGAAAAAUCCAAUUGAACAAAAUAAUGUAUUCCACUUUAAUCUUUGUUAGAGUGAUGUUGAAUAUUUUUACAAAAUUCUUGUCUUCACAAUGUUACCAACAAGUUGUCAAGUUUCAAUGUAUGUACUUGAAAAAAGAAAAGUAACCCUUUUUUUUAAAGAAGCAGUAGUAUUUUAAACUGGUCUGUGAACCAGUAAGUGUAACACCUGUUCUUUUCUUAGCUGUCAUUCAGUUGGAAUGGGUUUGUGCAUUGCAUUUGCUUUAUAAUAAAAUUUAAGCUAAAGGAUUAACAUUAAUUUUGAAACUUCAGCUUUAGGACCUCUCUACAGCAGCCAAUUUACAUUAUCAACUCAGUUGACUAAAUCAGAGUAAAUGAACAGAAUGUUAAGAAACUCACAUGCAAAUUUGAAACUACCAGUAACCCAGAAAAACAUCAGACUGAUGCUUGUUGCUUUCUUUAACUGUUUAGUGGUUAAUGAAACUUUUGGGCCAGUCAUUGUCACCCCCUUGUACUCCUCUCCCCACCAUUCCCUCCUCUAUCUUUACUCCACUGUUACAAAAGUGUGGAGACUGGGGCUUGUGGCUGGGUGAUAAAGACUCCCAUAAGUCCAUCCAAGGAGAGCUGUAUAAGUAAUUUGGGGUUUUAUAACUUACUGGGGCUCCAUAUUUACAAGCAGAACUUUAGUCUUUUGUCUUGCUCAAAGCUGUUGGGUCCUUUUUUAAAGGCAAUUUUUGACAUCACAAAAAGAAAACAAUGCAGUAGAUACAGUAUAAACAUCUUGAAGAUGCUACACUUGGUAACACAAUUUCAAUGUCCACUGCUAAAUAACAUUGUUAAAUGAAUAGUUGGAUCUUUUGCCAGUGGUAACUUAUAACUUAGCAGAGUUGUGUAUAGUGGCAAGAAAAGUCUGCAAAUAAAAUCUGCAUUAUAAGA